CUCUCCUCUGCUCUCUGAGGUCUGUUUUGAACAUGUGUGAUCUGAUUCAUCACCUGCUCAGGUGAAUUAAAGUGAAUUAAAGUGGAACCAGAGAUGGAGGCUGUCUUCUCCAGGUUCGACUCGUUUGACUUCGAGUCUGAUCGUCGGUUCGUGGACGGACUGAAGACCGUGAGGGACCGAGACCGAGACAAAGAGCUGGACAUGAAACUGUUCUUCUACAACAGGUUUGUGGAGCCGAUAGACCGGACCAGCUACAAGCAGUGGAGCUCUGCCUCUCCUCAUGUGACACAGACGGACUGCAGCGAUGAGGCGACACCUUCAGGUUCAGACUCUGAUAUCAGCAACAACCAGACAGCAGAGACGUCUGCGGAGACGGAGGCCACGCAGCAGCUCUCCUUCGCAGAGGUGAUGCGGCUGGUUCAGGAGGGGAAGGAGGUGCCAGGAGCGAAAAAACUGGACGUGAAACCAACAAACCAGAACCCGACUCCGUCUGCGAUGGAGAGGAGACUGAAACCCUGGGAAACACCCAAGUGACCUGACGCUCUUUGUAGAACUUUGAACUUAAAAAUGAAUUAUUUUUAUAAAUAAGACUGAGAUAUGGAACAAAACACCCCAUUUACUCAAGUACUGUAUUUAUUUUGAGGUACUUGAGUUUAGGGUUGUAUGAGAUGAGAGUAUGGUAUUACACCAUUAUUAUUAAGAGCUGUUUCAGAGAGACCCCGAGAAUCCUGCGUUUUUAAAGCACCGCUAUCUGGAUUCAGUUCAACAGCUCACAGGGAAACAACAGUUUGUUGUUAUUGUUUGUUUUCAUGCACCCAGAGCUCCCUUCCCCUGGUAAGACGCCCUCAUGUUGGUUGGAUUAUCCUGAUGAGAUAAAAUAGUAAUUUUUCCAUCCAUCUAAAGCAGCUGCAGCUGUGACACGAUGCCGGUCCACGGGAGGCUGAUGGGAUCGACUGAUUCUCUCCCAGCAUGUCUUCAAUGAUUUACUGCAGCACAGAGGAGCAAUGUUGACCUCUUGUGGUGGAAUAAAUACUACAUACUUUACUAUAAUACUUUAUAUAUUUAUGUGUUUAAUACUGCUCGAUCCUAACACAAGUGAAGGAUAGACACAUAAAAUCCUCACCUACACAUCUCUCCAUUGUCAGGCACCAUCACAUCUUAAAGAGCUACACUACACUCAGAGUUCCUGUAGUCUCCAAAAGUAAAACUGGAUCCUAUCAGCUAUCGAGCUCUGGAACCGGCUCCCAGUUCUGGUUCUGGUUCACCCCCUCUCCACAUUCUCAUGAAUCCACCUAGAUCGGGGAUUGGUCGAGCUAACUAUUUUUGUAUUAUUACCCUUUUAUUUCUACUGUUAGUCUCUCUUCAUCUCCAUCUCUAACUCUGCAGAUCUGCUUGAGGUUUCUGCCUCUUAAAAAGUUUUCCGUCGCCAAGUGCUCGCCCACGGUGGGAACUGUUGAGUGUCUGUAAAUAUAAAGAGUACAGUCUAAACCUGCUCUAUGUAAAAAGUGUCAUGAGAUUUUGUUAUGAUUUGGCACUAUGUGAACUGAAGUUAAUAUGCAGCUCAGAUUUGUUUCCAUCAGCUGAUGUUGAAGCUCCAUCGUUUCUCAAAUAUCUACAUUGAAUUAACAACAUGAACAUCAUGAGAGUUUUCUGUUCUGAGUUUUUGAACGUUUUAUUAGUCAUGAUGAAGCAAUAAAACAAGUCAAGUCGAUGCUUGAGCUCAGGAAGCACCUUACACCUGUUCAAAGAUGCCUGAGUAAAAAUCCCAAAAAAUCCACUUUUACUGUAUCUUCACAUGCCGUUUGUUGUUUUCACCGAGCUAUACAUCACACUAAUAAUCCCCCUACGUCAAUUUAUCAUUUCGUAAAACAACAAACAGUAUUAAACUAUCGGGCACACAGAGAAACAACAGCACCGUUGGCGUAGCACCGUCAGUAAUCAAAGGUCGAUGAGGUAAAAAGGUGUCGACCACAUCAAGACACUUACAGUACAGCGAGUGGUAACCUGUGGCCAACCACAGGAAAGGUGAGUGAUU